AAAUGUAUUCUUGUUUUCAGUUUUGUUUAGACACCAAGACGUCAUAGAAAGUCAAAGCUUUGCCAAAUUGUCAAAGCCAAUUAUGGUUUACCAGUCAAUUACCUUCAUAACAAACAGAAGGUGGACAUGUUGAAUCCGCCUCCUCACAUCCUCUGGCUCUGCGGGCGAGUGUUGCGUAAAGGAGUGGCACAGGAUGCGUUUAAAUAGCCGCGCUCACCAACUUUCACGCAUCACAACUUCUUCAGCUCUGCACACUGGUUUUACGCAUCGAAACUUUGCGCUCUGUGAAGAUGCGUUGCGCACUUUCCAAACUGCACAUGCUGCACUCCUCUGUCCUUGCGCUGUGGAUCGCGGCUCUCCAGGGAUUCAGACCUGCGGAUGCUGCCCCUAACCCCUCUCCCCUCCUGGGCUCCAACUGGGGGAACCCGCGGAGGUUCAUCCACCUUCAGACCACUUCGGACUUAAACAACUUCUAUUUAGAGAUCAGCCCGAAUGGACACGUGCGCAAAACUACAAACCGAGGGUCCUACAGUGUAAUUUUAUUGAAAUCAGAGAGCAGAGACCGUCUGGCAAUAUUUGGAGUGAAAAGUAAUAGAUUUUUGUGCAUGGACGCAGGAGGAACUCUUUUCACUUCUACGGUUUGUAAUAAGGAAGACUGUCUUUUUCACCACAAACUUUUGGAAAACCAUCGUGACGUGUAUUACUCCACCAAGCAUGGCAUACUGCUUAACCUGGAUGGGGUGAAACAGGUGUUCAUAGCGGGACAAAACCUCCCACAGUCCUCUCUCUUCUUAUCCGAGAAGAACACUGUUCCCCUGGAGCGCCUGCAGCACCGGGAGAGGAGAAACCGGCAGGUGAAUCCAUCAGACCCGCUGAACGCGCUCCGGCACGGAGAGGCGUCGGACUCCAGAGCUGCUCAGGAGGACGAUGGGGACUUGGACUUUGAGCCGUCAGAGGGUCAAAACGUAUCCAGGGAAACUCUGGUUUCCCCUUCCGAUGAUGACCCGUGGGAUCUUCUUCACGACACGAGCCCCGGCAGUCCCCGGAUUUCAGCAGUUGUCGGAUAAAGUUACAAAUCCUCUCUGGCUUGACUGUUGAAUCGCUUCUCUGCGCAAAGUCGAUGCGCUAGUGUUUUCAUCAUAAAUAAGUGUUUUUAAGGACAUAUAUUUCUAAUCAAUUUCACGUGUGCAUUCUUUAAAGUAAAGGUUCCAAAAAUAAAGGGUUUUAUAGAAGAAAAAAACAUUCAUCUGAAGAACCUCUACUAUAAAGAACCUUUUGUUCCUCCAUAAAAAAAAAAUUAUUGGAAACAUCAGUGCCAAUAAAGAGCUCUCCUGGAGAUCUACAGGUUAUUUAGGCUGUUUUGUCUCUGCAUCUCACCAAACCUGAAGAACCAAAAUUGUUUUUUCAUCAUCAUGAAUUUGUCUUUGGUGCUGGACACCACCUGUGGAAAACAACUGUCAACCAGUAAAGUAUUUAUUUAUUUAAUUAAUUACAUUUGUUUAAUUUAUGGUAGCUAUUUAUAUUGUUGCUUUAAGUGUUAGAUGUGCAGUGAAAUGUUAUAGGUACCCGUUUUAAAUGAAUAAAAUUUUGUUUCUUGAUUAAAGAGAAUAUGUUAUUUUUUUUGUGUCUUAUUUGUGUUCAGUAGGGGGGAAAAAAGUAAGUAUUUGAUU